GCUGGAGAAGGGCUCUCGCGAAUUCAAGCUUUGUUUUUAUCAACGCGACUGGUUAAUUGGCGAAUCCAUUCCGGCAUGCAUUUUAAAAUCAAUAGAGGAAUCGAAAAGAAUUAUUAUACUGAUGACCAAGAAUUUCAAGGAGUCAUCCUGGGGUCGCUUCGAAUUCCGUAUGGCCAUUCAGGCUACCUCUAUCGACCGGUAUAAACGCCUGAUUAUAAUCGUGUAUCCAGAAGUCGAAGACUUUAACGACCUGGACUCCGAGCUGAAAACCUACAUGAAAUUAAAUACGUAUCUGAGACGUGAUGAUCCCCAGUUUUGGAGAAAACUAAUCUAUGCAAUGCCCCACAAUCAUGGAAGUACUGGACGAACUGAUCAGCAGUAAUGACCGACAGAUUCAAGAGAGACUGAGAUCCUGAUUAGUUGUAUAAUAUAUCCAUUUUAUUCCAUAAGGAUAUAUAUUAAAAUAUACUAUUAAAUGUUGACAUUGCAAUUGCAAUGUUGUUGAUAGAGGUCAAA